UCUGGACACAUGCGCACUGAUGUCGCAGGGGGGAAUGGGUGGCUGCCGGGUGCUGGGCCAGGUCUGGGGUGGCUGGUGGCGGGGGCCAGGGGUCGGCUCAGCUCGCAAGGUCGCAAGCUUUGGCACCGAGGCCCGGCGUCAGCUGCAACCUCGAGGCUCCAGCAAACGAUCAGGGACCCUGGGAAACCAGCCCUUCCCAGGGCUGCUGCAGCCGGAGAACCUCAGCCGGGAGGAGCUGGUCCAUGUGCUGAGGGCGUCUGUGGUGGACCAGAGAGGACCACUGGUGACAUUGAACAAGCCACAGGGUCUUCCAGUGACAGGAAAACCAGGAGAGCUGACACUGUUGUCAGUGCUGCCAGAGCUGAGCCAGUCCCUGGGGCUUGGGGAGCAGGAGCUCCAGGUUGUCCGAGCAUCUGGGAAGUGAGUGGUGCGGGUGAUAGGAAGGGAGGGGAGGCCUCUGGGCUUGUCCUCCUCUCCAGUUGUCCCCAGACAGUGAGCUGCCUCCAGAAGUUCUUCACCCAGUCACGGAGAGCCCGGACACCCACAGCCACCUACUGGGCUGUCACCGAUGGGAUCCCCGCGACUUCGGAGGGGAGGAUCCAAGCAGCUCUGAAACUGGAAUAUGUUGAUGACGUCGGCUUGGCAGUUCCGGUGAAGUCCCCGUCCCGAAAGGACCUCCUGGAAGGUGUCAAGAGGACCCUGAGCCACUUCCGUGUGGUGGCCACAGGCCCUGGCUGUGCUCUGGUCGAGCUGCAACCCCUGACAGUGUUCGCCAGUCAGCUACAGGUACACAUGGUCCUCCAGCUCUGCCCCAUGCUCGGGGACCACACGUAUUCAGCCCGCGUGGGCACUGUCCUGGGCCAACGCUUUCUCCUGCCAGCCGAGAGCACCAAACCCCAAAAACAGCAGGUCCUGAAUGAAGCCCUCCUCAGACACCUCCGCCUGACACCUGCCCAGGCCUCCCAGAUGCCCCUGCACCUCCACCUGCGCUGUCUCCACCUCCCGGGCCCCAGGCCCAGGGAUGCCCCCAUAGAGCUUUUGGCACCUUUGCCCCCUUAUUUCUCCAGAACCCUACAGUGCCUGGGGCUCCGCCAGCAAUAGUCCGUCUGUUCCUACUGGAGAGCGGGGGUGUGGGGGCCUGCAGGCUGGAGGAGAAUGAGCUUGGUGUGCAGUCUGUGGUGAGGUCAUGGUUUAGGCUCUGCUCUUGGACUGGCCAGGCACUUGCUGUGUGAUGUUGGACAAAUAACUUCACCUCUCUGGAUUUGAGAUAAUAAAUGCACCUAACUCAUAGUAUGGUUUUGAGGAUUUGCAGAGAAAGUAAAACGUUUACCAUGGACCAUG